GUGGUUGAAUUUAUUGUUGAAUACCGAAAACCAUUGGAAAUACAGCCGUCGAUGGAUAAGGCGGUGAACUUUUUAAUUACACCGGAAUCGCUUCAGAAUGUGAAAGAUAGAUCAAAGAUUCCUCGAUUUCGUAUAAGCGGUCACUUGGAUUCAACGGUCUGUAAAAUAACGGAACCGUUCACUGGAGAGCUAUGUGUGGAACAGUGCGAUGCCGUUAUCCGAAGCAUUGAAUUACAGUUAGUCCGCGUCGAGACCUGUGGAUGUGCUGAAGGAUACGCUCGCGACGAUCCGUGCAUUAAAAUGAAAUGCGGGACCGGAAAGGAGUGCACCAUUGAUGCCGAGUCGGGAACAGCUAAGUGUCAGUGUAUAAGCAAAAAAAUUCACACCACUAAAGAAGAUGCGGAACAUUUGUCACGGAAAUGGAUCGAUGCUAUUAUUUGGAAGUUCUGUGAUUUAGAUAAACAGCCGCACGACAGGCAUGUAUCGCGUCAUGAAUUGUUUCCACUUCGGGCUCCGUUGCUAUCUAUGGAGACAUGUAUAUCAGAUUUUUUGGACAAUUGCGAUGAAAAUAGUGACCAUAAGAUUACAUUAGUCGAGUGGGGAAAGUGUUUGGGAGCUUCUGAUGACUACUAA